UUAAAAAUGCGAAAAGCGUCAAAUCGUCAAUAAAAUUAUAAUCCACGUUUUAACAACAUAUUCUCCAAUUUUAUCUAUAAAAUAUUAAAAUGUUAAAUCCUUGAGUUAUAUAUCGCAGUUUUGAGUGCACUAAAAUAGUGUUCAUGUUAAUUGUGUUCAUUGAAAAGUAACCAAAAAUGGCAAGGUCGCCAAAGGAUGAUCCGAUAUACAACGAUAUGAAGCACAAUACAUGGAACUAUCAUGCGGAAACCGCUGAAAACUGUGCACCUGGUGCUCUGAAUGAGAGAAAACCGCCGCAGAUCUCGCCAAACCCGAGUGUCAUGAACGAUAAUAGUAUUUACGUCAAUCCGAGUUUCGGUAACGAUGUUUAUUUGAACAAACACGCUUACAACGUGCAGACAGGCGAUACCGCUGCCAAUAAAGACGAGAAGAUACCUUUCAACAACAUGCCUAAUGUUCCUCGCGCCAACCAGAAUUACGGCAACGCUAUGCUCAAGCUGAGCAACGGCCAGUUAGUACGUGUUUAUUACGACGAGAACAACCAGCAACUGAUCUUCCCGAUGUCGGGUCAGUAUGAACUGUUCAAUCACAACCAGGGCGUGCGCGACAUACCCCUGCAGAUGCCCCAGCCGUCGCAUCUGUUCACACUCAACCAGGACUUCUCUAUGAACAACAACAAUGUUCACAUACCAUCAACUAAUGUCAAUCAGACAACUUAUCCUGAAAAUGUGAAUAACCAGUCCCCCACAUCUAAUUUCUUAAAGGAUCUACUAGGGAAUUUAGAACCUAAUUCAACUGGUACAUAUUCCCCUUUUGGACAGAACUAUCCUCUGAAUCAUCCAGAUGCUUCCAAUUUGAAUCUUCUGGCUAAUAACCCUGUUAUUGAACCCCCUAAAACUCAACCUAUUAAGGUUGAAAACUCACCAAAAAGAAAUGAGAACAGCCCUCUUGCUGAUACAAGUAACAAGAAACGCAUAGUGGCUGAAGUGAAGCCAAUGCGGCCCACAUACUCUGAUGUACUGGCCAAGAACACUAAGAAUACUCCUCAGUCUGAAACAACCCGUAAAGUCAGACCACAGAACAUUGAAACUAAGCCAAUGAAUAACAAAGCCAAUUCUAAGCCAGAGAAACCUACCAACAUCAAACAGGAUGACAAUAAACAUAAAAGUGAGAAGAAACAAAACACAAACACAAUAUCUUCAGGCAGUGAGUCUGGUGACAUCAAUACUGAUGACAAUGAGAAGCGUCAGAAACCCAAUAAGAAGUCCAAGAACAAACGUAACAACAUCUCUCGUAAAUGGUCAUCUCUGGAUGAUAUAACCAAUGAGGAAGAGUCUAGCUACACACAUGACAAUGAAAGCCAGUUUGUCUUCAUUGAGAAUCCAGAGAAACCAUCUAAAAAGGAGAAGAAGUUGGACAAUAAAUCAAAGAUUUCAGACAAGAGUGCUGCUACAGAGGAUGAGUUUAAGCUGGAUGAGGAAGAUGAUCAGUCACCGUUUGUCAUUCAGGAGGGGCAGAGUGAUAACGCAAAGGCCAAAAAGAAGAAGGAUGGACGUAAUUAUCACAAAGUUCCUAAACCUGUGCAGGAUAAGAAGAAGAAUCUGUGCAAAUUUAGAAGGAACAAGCCGGGCUACUUGGGGUUAGCUCAGAACUAUUUGGAGCACUGGGGUGGAGCGACGUGGAAGGCACUUGUGUGGUUCAUGUAUCUGCUCUCGGAUAUAUGCCGCAUGAGUUUUCAUUUGUCGUUUGACUUAUGCACGUCAGUGUUCACACAAACAUAUGUGAGUUCUCAAGCGGUCUGGCGCAGCACUAAGGACUGGGUCGGCAAGCUCCGUGACAACAAGUACAUGUUGUACAUCGAUAGGAAGUUUGGGCACACCAGGUUCGGCUUCUGGAGGAAACUUAAGUGGUUUAAAAAAGCUGAAAUAGAAGCGGAUAAUGGCAACGAUUCGACGAAGCUGAACGCGAAUAUACCACUGCCGGCUACCGGCGAGGAAGCUAUGAAGAGGCUGCUCGCUUGUAAAGGGAAAGAUCCAUAUAGUAUACUUGGAGUGAGCGUAUCAUGUACAGACGAGGAGAUAAAGCGUUACUACAGACGACAAGCGUUCCUUGUGCAUCCCGACAAGAACCAGCAGCCGGGCGCUGAGGAGGCGUUCAAGAUACUGCAGCACGCUUUCGACCUUAUCGGCGAGCCGGAGCGCAGAGAAGCGUACGAGCGUCGCGCUCUAGAGUCGCGGCACGUGGAGGCGGCGUGGAGCGAGCUCAGUCAGCUGCUCGCACAGCUACACGACAAGAUGGAGUUCGCAGCCAACACUAUCAGAUGUACGAACUGCGGGCGGCGGCACAAGCGCGUGCUGACGGAGCGGCCGUGCUACGCCGCGCGCUACUGCGUGCAGUGCAAGAUACGACACUCCGCUAAAGAGGGCGACAUCUGGGCCGAGUCGAGUAUGAUGGGGCUGCUCGUGAUGUACUACGCGUGCAUGGACGGCGCCGUCUACCAGAUCACGCAGUGGGCCAGUUGCCAGAAAAAGAACCUGAAGCAACUGAGGCCGGACUGCCACGUGGUACAGUACCGGAUCGUGCUCGGCAACAAGGCGGCCGCCGCCUCCGACCUCAACCAGAGACCUUCCACCGGUCACGAUCCCAACCUGGAGGAGUUCCUCAACAACCUGUACAGCAAGUCCGGCGUGUCCCCCAACACCACAAGCGCCAAGCAGUCGCCCCCCGACACCGCGGACGCUAAAAAGCGACGCAACAAAAAACCUAAAGCAUAAACAAAACGCCCCCGAAAAAAAACUAUUAAAAAACCGAGCUGUCAAAAUAGAUGGACGUGAAUUCGCGCGCAAUUCAAAUAUCGAACGCAUUUGACCUGACAUGAGCUGGUCACGCCUGCCGUACCCAACUGUGAAACACUUGCCUUUUAAAAUAGAGAAAUAUAAAUUAAAACCCAAAUUAAACCUAAAUACUGUUCUAUAUAAUAAUUUCUAAAUAAAAAAAAAUAUUGUGUGGCUAAGAUGGCGCUUGAAGGAUAGAUUGUGUAAGCGUUAAAUAACUAUGUGUAUGAGAUGUCGCUGACGUACCUACUUAGGUUAGAUACUUUAACGAUUUCAAUGAGAAAAUUAAAAGUCUUUGCUAUUUAACAUUAGUUUCUAUCAUUCUUAAUUUGCUUGAUUUUGUGAUACAUGAGAUUUUGAAGUUACGAUUAUAUAGAUUUCCUUGGUUCUGAUUCAGAAACCGGCAAGUUGAAAAUUGGCUUACCUAUUGACAUUUUACCUGCCGAUUUCUGUUAGACCUAUGUCGAAUGAAAUAACUCGAGUCAUUAGAAAUAAAUCUGUUUUCGUGUCUUCUUUCAUUGCAUGAACAUUUUUUAUGAAUAAAUUGACGUUUGACGAUUUUACUUGAGAUCAAUGACGCGUUCAGAUAUUGCUAUAUUAUUUGCUACAUCCAUACUCGAAUACCGUUGAGGCUACAUUAUGUAGUGAUGGCAGCCUAUAUCGACUAUUGAAGAUAGAAGGGAGCUAAAACGCAGGUUUUUUCUUGAUGUAAAAGAAACUUAAAAAUUAAUUUGACGUAUAAUGCUGCCAGUAUUUCAAUAUGAGAGGUCGCAUCGCUUUUUAUGUAGUCUCUACUGCUAAAUAAACUGCCAAAUGCAAAUUCCCAUAUUGAUUCAACAAACAAUAAUACAUAUUUUAAGGAAUAUAUCGAUAUCUGAACGUUUUAUUUUAUUACUAGUUUCCAUUUAAACAUCUUUCUACAUAACAUUAUGUGUUUUAGUGCUAUGAAUAUAAGGUUCAAUUUGACAAAGCAGCAGGAACUGCGUGAAAAUACUCUUUAAAAAAUUUAAUGUACGUUAUUUAAGUAAUAUUUUUUUCCACUUAUCACUAAUCACACCGAAUAGUACAAUUUGUUUGCAUUCAUACAUUAUUAAUAGUUAUUAUUAUUAAUAAUCUUUAUUAUAAAGGUAAAGCUCGUGUUGUGUACGCACGAUUGCAGAGAAUGCAGUAAAUUGAGUUUUUUUUUUCGUAUCGAUAACUCACUAAUUUUUGUACUAUUAAAAUAAUAUUAUUUGUGACGUUCUCUGCAAACUUUUUUUUUAGAUUUCAAGUUAUUGUAAGUCGAUAAUAAAAGAUUUCAGUAUUUGAUUAUUUCAUAGCAUUCAGUAAGCCACUCAUUUAAAUUGUGUAACGUAAUUUCUGCUAUUUUUGUUACCCAAGGUCCCUUUUCCUGUCCAAUGUUCAAUUUAUUGUGGGGUCUUAUGUAUGAUCCGUGCAGUAUAUUUGACACACAAUUUGUAUUUUUUGUUAUUAUACACAAAGUGCCCACGAGUUGUCACUAUUUAACGAGACACGAAGACCGAAAUUUUCGUUUCAAAAAACAUCACAAAUAAUACACAAAUAAAGUAUCGACUUACAAUAACUUAGAUCGCAGUAUUUCACUUGUUUCACUGCCUCAUAAGAGAUUACGGUAAAUGUUAGGCUAGUGGCGAGGAGAUUGCUACCCUGAUGUUCACUGAGUAGGCCUUCGCGCUUCAUGUGUCAAUAAAGAUGUGGAAACGUA